GGGGCUGGGCGUGCCGCGGGUGACGGCGGGGCCGGGCGGGCCAAUGGGCGCUGGGUGGCGGGCGGGCGGGCCUGGCUGCCGGGGGCUUUAGGACGUGAGCGGGCGGCCGGCCGGACAGACUUACGUGUGAGCUGCAUCGCGGGAGGCGCAUGGCGGGGAUGGCGCUGGCGCGGGCCUGGAAGCAGAUGUCCUGGUUCUACUACCAGUACCUGCUGGUCACGGCGCUCUACAUGCUGGAGCCCUGGGAGCGGACGGUGUUCAAUUCAAUGCUGGUUUCCAUUGUGGGGAUGGCACUAUACACAGGAUACGUCUUCAUGCCCCAGCACAUCAUGGCGAUAUUGCACUACUUUGAAAUUGUACAAUGACCAAGAUGCGGCAGGAUCAGAGGUUCCUUGGGGAAGACCCACCCUACGAAGUUGGAAUGAGACCAUCAGAUGUGAUAAGAAACUCUUCUAGAUGUCAACAUAACCAACCUUAUAAAGACUAAAAUUCAUGAGUAGAACAGGAAAAUCAUCCUGACUCAUGUGUUGUGUUCUUUAUUUUUAAUUUUCAAAGAGGCUCUUGUAUAGCAGUUUUUGUCUAUUUUAACAUUGUAGUCAUUUGUACUUUGAUAUCAGUAUUUUCUUAACCUUUGUGACUGUUUCAAUAUUACCCCCGUGAAAGCUUUUCUUAAUGUGACUUUGAGUACAUUUUAAUUGCCUUCUAUUUUUAAAACUCAAAAUCAUUAGUUGGGCUUUACUGUUCUUGCUAUUGUAUGGCAUAUACAUCUGCCUGGAUAUAUUUCUACUCUUGACCAAAGUUUUGUAAGAACAAUAUAAGAUUUCGGGUAGGGGUAUGGGGAGGGAAGAUAUUUUAUUGAGAACUACUUACAAAAGAUCUGUAAGCUUGAACUCAGGAGUACAGUUUUAGCUAUCUAGACUCUAACAGCUUUUGCUUUAAAAUUAUUAAAUUGUUUCUUAAUGAAAAAGAAAAGAUCUUGCUAAAGUUAAAAUAAAGAACGUUUCACCUUUUAAAUAUUUUAUUCUUAUGUGGACUUAUUUCCACAAAACUUUGGUGAUAAUUCUUGAGACAAAAGGUGGUUAAGUAGCAUUAUUAUGUAAUGCUUAUAUACCAUAGAGUUUUUAAUAGAAGAGAAAUCCAUUUCUUCUGAGGGUCACUAUUAACAGUGGACUUCCUUAAAUUUAGUUUAAUGAUUGUAAUGGGUGCUGCAUUUGCACAUUGCAUUAAGUUAUGAUGAGACGAAUUGUUGUUAAAAAUUAUAGCAAAAAGAAAUGUAAACUUGGUUAAAAUCUUUUCACUCUUUGUAUUGUUUUUUUUAAGGUUUUUAUUCCUUAAAUGUAAAAUGACUACCUAAUUUUUUGAUGUAAAUACAUUAAAUUCAAAGAGAAAAAAAUCAGCUGAUGUAGCAGUAUAUCUUUUCCUUAAUGGUUAAAUAUUGAUCUAGUAUUUACAUUUCUGAAUUAUUUUCUGUGGAGGACCAGAUAAGCAGUAAGUAUGUUUUAUCCUAUAUGUCUUGCAACAUGAAAAUGUUGCUAAUUUAAAAAAAGUAGGCAUUAUGUGUGUGUGUUUUUUUUUUUUUUUGAGACGGAGUCUCACCCUGUAGCCCAAGCUGGAGUGCAAUAGCAUGAUCUUGGCUCACUGCAACCUCUGCCUCCUGGGUUCAAGUGAUUCUCCUGCCUCAGCCUCCUGAGUAACUGGGAUUACAGGCACGCACCACCAUGCCUGGCUAAUUUUUUGUAUCUUUAGUAGAGAUGGGGUUUCACUAUGUUGGCCAGGAUGGUCUUGAACUCCUGACCUCCUGAUCCACCUGCCUUGGCCUCCCAAACUGCUGGGAUUACAGGCGUAAGCCACCGUGCCCGGCCAAAAUUGAGGUAUUUUUUGCCCAACAUUUUAAGGACUAGACUUUUCAAGUAUUUUAUAGUCUAGAGGUCUCAAGUAAUAUAUACAUGUUUAAUAUUUUUAGAGUCAAUUGAUAUCACAAUUAGGAAUAGUGAGAAUAAUAUGUAAUUACUUGGUUUGAAGUAGUUAAAACUUGGAUAUGGUUAUAUCUGAGCUAUGGUCAUACUAUCUCAAGAAAAAUAAUAUGAGGAUUUAACUUAAGAUUUGUUCUAUUAAUGCCCAAAUUUGGCUUUCCUCUACUAUCCCCCAUAGAGAACCACUAACAAGUGGAUGUCUAAUAUUCCUGUGGUGAGUUGAAGGCAGGAAAAGUCGAGAAUCAUUAGUUUCAAUGGGUAUCCAGAUGACCUAUCCUGGCCCUCUACUCAGAAACCUGCAAUUUGUCCUCACUCUGCUGAAAUUCAUUAAAUUGCUGUUGUAUAACUGAUGGUUAUUAUGAACACUGACCUGUGAGACAUACGGAAGAUAAAAUUUAGUCUUACAGGAAAUCUUUAGGAGAGUCAAAAGAGAAAUGGGAGCAUGUCUCUUGAGAGGUGAUCAGGGAAGUUUAUGCUCACUGUCUGAUGCAAAUGUCUAGUCUAUUUGUUAGUAAAUAACAAACAGGGAAAUAAUUUUCACUUUUUGUUUAAAAUAAGGUAUUUACAAGCAUACCUUGUAGUUAUUGUGGGUUCAGAUUCAGACCACUGCAAUAAAGUGAAUAUCUCAAUAAAGUGA